GUGCUAUGAAGGAAACUAAAAUUCAAAUUUAUUCCACUCAAUAUGAGAACUUUAAGAUGAAAUCGGAUGAAACCAUUGCUAAUAUGUAUACUCGCUUCACUACAAUUACUAAUGGUUUGAACUCUCUUGGCAAGGUACUUACUCAAAAGGAUAUGGUGACCAAGAUUUUGAGAAGUCUCACCAAGGCUUAUCAAGGAAAGGUGGUUGCUAUUCAAGAAGCCAAGGAUCUCUCAACACUUCCCUUGGAAGAACUAAUUGGCUCACUCAUGAACCAUGAAAUUUUCAUGAGUGCUCAAGAAGAAGAGGAAGUUGAGAAGAAAAAGAAGACUAUUGCAUUCAAGUCUUCAUCCUCCCAUGCCAUUAGUGAAGAAGAUGAGGAAAGCUUAGGUAGUGACAUGGAGGACUUGGCACUCUUCUCUAAGAAAUACAAAAAGUUCAUGAAAUUCAAAAAGAACUUUGGGAAGAAGCCACAAAGAGGGAGUGACUCAAAAGAAAGAAAAAGCAAAGAUGAUCCACCAAUUUGCUUUGAGUGCAAAAAGCCCGGACAUAUGAAGAUGGAUUGUCCAAUGAGAAAGAAGAACAAAUACAAAGGAAGGGCAAUGUUGGCGGAUUGGCUCAAUAGUGACGAAGAGGACUCCGAAGAAGAAGGAAAGAAUGAAGUGGCAAACAUGUGCAUGAUGGCACUUGAUGAUGGGGUAAGCACUUCUAACCAAAAUGAUUGUGAUAGCGAAAAUGAUGAUGAUAACUUAGAUAUGUCAUAUGAUGAGUUGUCUAAUUCAUUUAAGGAACUAUUUGAUGAUUUUGGUAAAUUGCUUGUUAAAAAUCAAACCCUUAGAGAGAAGACCAACAUGCUUUUAAAAGAAAUUGAGAUUUUGAAAAUAAAUGAAAAAGAACUUAUAGCUAAAUCUCAAUGUGCUACAUGUGCUUCACAUAAGAAAGAAAUUAUUGAUUUGAAAGCCCAUGUGAGAAGCCUAAAAAAUGACAUAUAUACCUUCACUAGAGGUAAGGAAGGCUAUGAUCUCAUGGUGGGAAACCAAUCAUGUGGUUUUUCAAAAAAUGGUAUUGGUUAUGAUCCUAGUAAGAAACAAAAAUUUUUGAGAAACUUUUUUGUGAAAUCAUCUAGUCUACCUCACUUUACAUGCACAUAUUGUAACCGAGAUGGUCAUACUAUUUCCUAUUGUCAUGUAAAGAAAUUUGCAUAUCUAGGCAAGACUAAAUGGGUACCAAAGGGUUCUAGAACUAACAUGAAUGGACCCAAAGUUAUAUGGGUACCAAAAGCCAACAAAUGAAUUUGUUUUUGUAGGAAUCAACAAGAAAGAGCCAAAGCUUAUGGUUCUUGGAUAGUGGAUGUUCAAAGCAUAUGACCGGUGAUCCAUCAAGAUUUUCAAGCUUU